CUGAGAUUUGCCUUGCAAUGCCAUGUUUGUGUAUGUGCUCUAACUCCCCGAGAGCAAUCAGGGAGACGGCUCCCCGGCCGGACUUAGCUGAUGUUUUCUUGUUUCUGUUUCAGCCUUCAGGAUAAUUCCUUCGGCAGCACCGCUGUGACAGAGUGUGACGAAGACACAGUCUCUCUACAUGAAGACCAGACUCAUUGCUCCAGUCUCAGAGAUGAAAACAAUAAAGAAAAUUACCCUGACCCCAGCGCUCUCCUAGAGGAGUUCCCGCCGCCCGCCCGCGAGCCGCCGCAGCAUGUAGAGCCGAGCGCGCUGGUGGACAGUGUGCUGCGACCCACCAUGGGCAACUUCAAGUCCCGGAAGCCCAAGUCCAUCUUCAAAGCGGAGACUGGGAGGGGCCCCGGAGACAACCAGGAGACAGAGCAUGUGGUGCCCGGCCAGUCGGAGUGCCAGGGGAGAGCAGCAACGCCAGCUCAUGAGAGUCCACAAAACAACACCUUCAGGUGCCAAGAGACAGUGUGCCUUCCACCAAGAAUAGACCAGUGCACUGCCAUUUGGCCAAAGGAUGCCUUUGAAACUCAGCAGGACUUAAAUGAGGAAGAAGCUGCUCAGGUGCAUGCAGUCAAGGACCGCCCAGAAUCGACUCAGAGCGUGCUGGAGGAAGGGGCGGAGUCUGCAGACCCUGUGCCAGUCCACAAAGACUGGCAGAAUGAAGCCAACAGUGGGCCUGAAAGCCUCCAGUCUGUUGGGACCAGCAGGCUGCUUUAUCACAUCACCGAUGGUGACAAUCCACUGCUGUCGCCGCGAUGCGCCAUCUUCAGCCAAAGCCAGAGGUUCAACCUAGACCCUGAAUCGGCCCCUUCUCCACCCAGCACUCAGCAGUUCAUGAUGCCCCGAAGUUCCUCACGGUGCAGCUGCAGUGAUGGCAAGGAGCCACAGACCAUUACUCAACUCACCAAGCACAUCCAGAGCCUCAAGAGGAAAAUCCGGAAAUUUGAAGAAAAAUUUGAACAAGAAAAGAAGUACCGGCCUUCCUAUGGUGACAAGACUUCUAAUCCCGAAGUCCUGAAAUGGAUGAAUGAUUUGGCUAAAGGUCGUAAACAGCUCAAAGAACUAAAGCUGAAGCUUUCGGAAGAACAAGGGAGUGCUCCCAAAGGUCCAUCUAGAAACCUGCCCUGCGAGCAACCCACAGUCCCCGGAGAGAAUGGGAAGUCAGAAGCUGCAGGCCCUGAACCAAGCUCCUCUGGAGAGGAGACUGCAGAUGCCACGCUGACACGCCUGAAGGAGAAGAGAGAGCAGCUUCCUCCCCAGGAGGAUGCUCAGGUAACUAAGCAAGACAAGAACCUCAUAAAGCCUCUUUAUGACCGAUACAGAAUUAUCAAGCAAAUCUUGUCAACGCCUUCUCUUAUCCCAACAAUUGAGGAAGAAGACUCCGAUGAAGACUAUCCACAGGGAAGCCAACAGUCCUCUUCGACAGAUCCAGUAUCUCACCUUCUUGUUGGCGACCACCUUACCUACUCCAAUGAGACUGAUCCUGUUAGGGUCCUGCUGCCAGAUGAAAAGAAAGAAGUCAAACAGUCAGCCCUCUCCAUGUCCAAUUUACAUGAGGCCUCCAUGCCUGUACUUCUUGACCAUCUCCGAGAAACUAGAGCUGACAAGAAGAGACUUCGGAAAGCCUUAAGAGAUUUUGAAGAACAGUUUUUUAAGCAAACAGGAAGAAGUCCUCAAAAGGAAGACAGGAUCCCAAUGGCAGAUGAGUACUAUGAAUAUAAGCACAUAAAAGCCAAACUGAGGCUAUUAGAGGUCCUCAUCAGCAAGCAAGAUGUGGCCAAAACCAUUUGAGCUAUUUUGUGAUUACUUUCACUCAAGAAAAAGUCAAGUUUAUUUUGCCCUGCCAUUUCUGUAAGUAGUUUUGACACACUGAAAAUUGAAGCACUUUAGUGGUAGUAUUAGCUGUUUUUAAGAAGAGAUGGCAAGUGUAAUUAUAUAUGAAGAGGAGGGAUUCAGAUGGGGGAAGAAUAUAAGUGACAACAGAAUUGGAAAAGAAUUCAGCCCCAUCCAUGACAAGGGGAACUCAGUUAAUAUAAUUUCAAAAAAUAUAUAUUUUAUCAAGCCUAAAUAAGACAGAGGAUCCAUAUGUUCAAUGGACCACUUGUUAGGGAAAGUCUUACAUGUAGUGUCCAAAGAUUGCUUAUGGGAAUGUAUGGAAAAGAGGAUGAUGUUUGAAAAGUGAGUGGAUGAUUUUUGAAAAGUGAGUGGAAAGUGGGAAAAAAAUUCUGCUUUUUAUGUAGAAAGGAAUACAGCUGGUGAGAAAGAUAUUUAUUUGGAGUGUCUAACAGAUUUUUAUGUGAUUUAAAGAAAAAUCUACAUUGUCUCAAGUCUGCUAGACUUUCAGCACCCUAAAUUUUACUAGAAUGUCACUAAUUUCUAUAUUAAAAAAAAGCACAUUAUUUUAUGUUAGUUUUACAUUUACCAAAGUUCAUUCUGAUAGCAAGUACUUUGUGAAUUAUCUUUGUUUAUAAUAGAUGUUUAUAUUAAAUAUUGCAUUAAAAUUUGAAAAUAGGUAUUUUGGAUAGCUAUGUGUCUACAGUAUAUAAUUUAAUGUGAUUACUGUUAUGAUUAAACUUUUUGUGUACUAUUUUUCAGUUGCGAAUAUGCUUUUUUCUUAAUAGUCCAAGGUCUAUACUUUGUGAAGUCAAAAAACUUUCUCAUAUAGUUGUUCUUAUUUCUGUGGAAAAUGAAAGGUUUGGAAAUUCUUGGUAUUGUUUGCUAUGAACCUUUGAAAAGAAGGCACAAUAUUUGAUUUGCUUCAUCAACUUUGUGUGGACUGUUAACCUAUGUUAUUAUUUUGCUUCUGUAAAAUUAGCAAAAAAGAUUGACAUUUUCUUUCAUGUACCAACUAUCUUUGUAUUUCUGAUAUGGUUAAUCCUGAUGUUGAAGAAAUUCACAUUUUCAUAUCAUUUGGAUGAGAUGAAUACUAGUUCAAAAGCAGAGUAUUUAGCUGAUAUUUUACAACUGUAAUGAAGCAGAAUAAUGUCCUCCAUAAAUUGGUUUAAUUAAAGUCAUCUUCUUGUAACAGACAGACACAAUUAUUUGAGCUUUACAAACUACAUCUUUGAUAAAGGAAAUGGUUUCAUGACCUAUAUACAAUUAUUACUAUUAAAAUGUAACUAUAUUCUAUAUGAUUGUAAAUAUUUUAUACAAUACAAAUAAAAUAUUUUUCUAUUAUAUUUAUUAUGUUGAAACAGCUGUUUCCUGUUAGCUAAUAUAAAUAACAUAAAUAACACUGUUGAACAAGUGGGAAGUGCUGACAAGUCUAGGUUUCAAGAUUUAACUCAUGCUGCAAUUACACCCUUUCAUGCGGUUUGGCGUUAUCUCAAUAUUUA